UAGUUUUAGGUUCCAUUAUACAAUUUAGACCUCGGGUCUAUAUUUCCUCGCGGCAGCUCCUUUCUUACCCUACUGCCGCUCUGAUGACGUUUGUGGCGCCAGAAAUCAAGGGUUGAGAUGAGCGCCACGACGUGGGUCGCGGGCGCGAAUAUGCGUCUAUCUUUUCUAUGCAGGUGACGUCAAACUUUAGAUGCAUUGGAAUGCUGUAGUGACCGAGCGCCCGUCAUUAGUGCGUUUAUAACUUGGGGCUGGAGUCGACAUGGUAAUGCUACGCAGCAACGGCAGUGGUGUUGUUGUUCAACCGCUGACAGCAACUCCAAACAGGAGGUCGAUGGAGUUGGACACAAGCUCGGAGUUUCUGUCUCUUGUUCCCGCUUUGCAGAGAAAAUCACCACGGUCAACACGAACCUGUCGCUCUCUGGAUGAUAGCCUGGGCAGCCCCGAACACAACCGAGGAGAUGGUGAGCAGCAGUUGGGAAGGUGUCUCCACGACUUUCCAAGGACCAGAGGCCGAGUAAAACUAGAGGUCUCCUUUAGUGACAUGCAACCAAAAGCUGGAGGCUACGCCACAAGGAAAUCCUCCAGGCUACAGAAGGAAGGCAAAUCAUCCUGCGAUAAACUACAAGGGGAUGUUCCAGAUGAGGUAGAAGGGACUUCCACUCCGAAAAGAAGCCGCGUUAACUUAAGAAGCCCCGAAGACGAGGAGGAACACUCUUUACGACGUAGUUCCAGAAUCAUCCAGCACAAAUUUAAUUCCCGGAAUCAGUCUGUCCUCUAUGACCGCCUCAUCACCAAUACUGCUGAGGCUGUUCUGCAAAAGAUGGACGACAUGAAGAAGCUGCGACGCAGAUUGAACAAUGAACAACAGCUGGGUGUUUAUACCAGAGGCAGAGUAAGGCGAUCUCUGAAGACCAAUGUGGACAUUAAGGACACCAAGGAAAACCCAGAUGAUCACGAUGAAGAGGAUGAAGAUGACGAUGAGGAUGAUGACGAUGAUGAUGAUGAGGAGGACAUUGAGGAUGACAUUGAAGAUGAUGAGGAUGCUGUUGAUGAAGACACCCAAAAGCGUUAUGAAUUUAGACAGCGAAAAAGUGCAGUUCUCUACCAGGCACCACAAGAUGAGCCCAGAGAAACGAGAGAGACCAGAGUGUCCAGGAAACGCAGCAUGUACUUUAAGGACCAUUCGUCCUCCACCAGACGCAGAUUCACCUUUGACUCCACAACCCCUCAGAAUCCCUACAACAGGAGGACCAGCAGCAAUAACAAUGAGAGGAGGAGACAUGCCCUCCACAGUAGUGACUCCACAUCCACUUCGGAAGAUGAGACUUUUCAAACGAGGAGGCGUAAAAGCAAAAGUAAGAGCAGGAGCAGGUCGGUCACCAGAUGUCUGCCUCUGAACAUUGUGAAAGAGGACUUGCUGGGAAUUCACAAAGAUCGCAUGAAAACUGGAGCAAGUCUCGCCGAUGUUGACCCCAUGCACAUAGACAAAACGGUGCGCUUUGACAGUAUUGGUGGUCUGAGCAAACACAUCUCAUCCCUGAAGGAGAUGGUGGUGUUUCCUCUACUUUACCCAGAAGUCUUUGAGAGGUUCCACAUACAGCCACCCAGGGGUUGCCUAUUUUACGGUCCCCCGGGCACUGGGAAAACGCUGGUAGCUAGAGCAUUGGCCAACGAAUGCAGUAUGGGAGAAAGAAAGGUGUCGUUCUUCAUGAGGAAAGGUGCUGAUUGCCUCAGUAAGUGGGUUGGGGACUCUGAGAGACAGCUCCGCCUUCUGUUUGACCAGGCGUACCAAAUGCGGCCAUCGAUCAUUUUCUUUGAUGAAAUUGAUGGUUUGGCUCCGGUCAGGUCCAGUCGACAGGACCAGAUUCACAGUUCCAUUGUGUCGACUCUUCUGGCUCUCAUGGAUGGAUUAGAUGGCAGAGAAGAGAUUGUGGUGAUAGGUGCCACCAACAGACUGGACUCCAUUGAUCCAGCUCUCAGACGCCCGGGCCGCUUUGACAGAGAGUUCCUCUUUGGCCUUCCCGACAGAGAGGCUAGAAGGGACAUUUUGAAGAUCCACACCAGACUCUGGACACCUCCUCUCUCUAACAGUUUCGUCGAGGAGUUGGCUGAUAAGUGUGUUGGUUAUUGCGGAGCGGACAUUAAGGCGGUGUGUUCGGAGGCGGCACUGUGUGCACUACGGCGCCGCUAUCCACAGAUUUACUCCUCAUCACAGAAACUGUUGCUUGAUGUUGAUUCUAUCGCAAUCACAGCGAAAGACUUCAUGUCCGCCAUGUCCAAGAUGGUGCCUGCUGCACAGAGGGCUGUAGUGUCACCAGCCAAGGCUCUGAUGCCUGCAAUUCGUCCAUUACUGAGCGCUGCCCUGCAGGAGAUCCUCCACACUGUCAGCAAAGUGUUCCCACAUGCUGAGCAGGGCUUGAAAAGGAAGAGGACACAAGAUCAGUCUUGCGUGUCUGAGGAUGAACUCUUGUUUAGUGACGAUGAGGAGCGAUCCAGUGGACAGACCCCUCAAAAGAAGACUGUCUCAAGGGAAAUUCUCAGCAUUGAAAGAAGUGCGUUGAGCCAGCCAACCUCUUACCGUCCCAGGCUCCUUUUGGAGGGUCGACCCGGCUCAGGUCAAAGCUCCCAUCUUGCUCCUGCUGUUCUCCACUCUCUUGAGAAAUUCACAGUGUACACACUAGACAUGGCAGUACUGUUUGGAGCCAGUGCAACUGCACCAGAGGAGACUUGUGCACAGAUUUUUGUUGAGGCCAAGCGCACCUCUCCCAGUGUCCUAUACAUCCCCCACAUUGGACAGUGGUGGGAGACAGUAGGUCCUGCAUUAAAAGCCACUUUUCUCAGCCUACUUGGCUCCCUCCCUGCCUUCGCUCCUAUCCUGCUACUGGCUACCUGCAGUCUACAGUACUCUGAACUCAAUUUUGAGGUUCAGGAGUUGUUUAAGAUGGGCUAUGGGGAGGUUUACCAUGUCCAAGCCCCCAGCAGCCGAGAGAGGAGAAAUUUCUUUGAGGACCUGAUACUAAAUCAGGCUGCCAAAGCUCCUGCCUCUAAAAAGAAAUCCACACCCCACUCCUUGGAGGUGCUUCCUAUUGCUCCUCCUCCGCCGCCACGUCAGCUGGCCGAGCAGGAGGCCCGGAAACUGGCGGUACAAGAGGAAGACACCCUCAGAGAGCUCCGCCUCUUCUUGCGGGAUGUCACAAACCGCCUGUCCCAGGAUAAACGCUUCAAGGCUUUUACAAAGCCUGUGGAUUUGGAAGAGGUUCCAGAUUAUGCUGCUGUAAUACAGAAGCCUAUGGAUCUGUCAACUGUGCUUUCAAAUAUUGACCUUCAUCAGUAUGUAACGGUCAAAGACUUUCUUCAAGAUGUAGAUCUCAUUUGGCAGAAUGCACUUGAAUACAACCCAGACAGGGACCCCUCAGACCGCCAGAUUCGUCAUAGGGCCUGUGCACUUAAAGACACUGUGCAUGCCAUCGUUCGACAUGAAUUGGAUGAAAAUUUUGAGAAGCUGUGUGAUGAAAUCAAAGAUUCGCGCAUCAAUAGAGGUUGCUCCACUGCACAGUACGCGCCCUCCUUAUACCAUGUCGUCCCCAAACAGGCCAAAAUUCUGACUGAGCCUAAUAAGAUGGCUGAGAAGACUCCACAAAGAGAGCUGGUCAAAGCCCCAACUGUGUUCACUCCGAGUACAUCUUCCUCUACAUAUCUUACACCUAAAAGCACAGUGCAGAGGAAGAAACGUCGGAAGAGUCGAUGGUCCUCUGGCUUCUUUUCAAAGAAGGUGUCAUCGUCUCCUCACGUCUCCAAAGAGGAUAUGCACUUAGGCACGGAUAAUGACGAUGACGAUGCAGAUGAAGAAACUGAGAUAGAGAAAGGAAUCUUCACGGAGCUCGAUGAUGAAGAUGACAAAGAGGUUCAAGUGGUGGUUAAAGCUACUUUGAAGGAUGGUAUUCAGCGUGAUAGAGAAAAAAGGAGUGCUGAGGACCAGACACAAAACAAAAUCGCAAACAAAGAUCAGUCAGCUUUAGAAGUUACAGCACAGAACCCAGCGGGGCACACCUCAACGAGCAUUGGAGAACAUAACCAGGGAGAGCUGGACAGAGGUUGUGGUCAAACACGCAACCAAAAUGUAACACGGGAAAGCAACAGCAAGACGGCAGCACAGGAGCCAGAACCAAUGGAAGUGGUUAUCAUAGACAAUGCCAUCAUAGAGCACUCAGGAGACCUCAGAGGAGACAAGGACUCAGAGAAAAGCGUAAGGCACAUGACCCGCCCCUCAAAGAACACUGUUCACCAGCAGCAGUUUGAUAUAGAAAAACCUCUCCAAAUUGUUGACCUGGAAGAACCUUCACUGGUAGUGGACAGGGACAAAUUAAAGGAGCUAUUGGACAAAAUUGUGACUAAGACUGAUGGCUAUGAGGUGCACAAGUUGGAGAAACUCUACGCUCUCCUCUGCCAAAGCGUCUACAGACACAGAAGAGCCCAUCAUAAAGAUGCAUUAAUCAGGGAGUUGGAGCAAGAGGUCACUGAUUUCUGUUGACAGCGCUAAAGGAAUGAUGUGACAUUUUGAGGUUUUAACAUAAUGCACAUAAUGCUUAAAGGAGCAUGGUUAGCACCCUCAGCUGCGAAAAUUACAAUCAGUGGUUUUGUCCUAACACUUUUGUGUCGUAAAAUGAAUCUUUGUAUUAUCUCUUGAUUAUAUUUAAAUAAAUUGCUUCCUCUUUAUUAA